AUCCGGACCGAAUCCCUUCAAAUCUCCUUGGAGAAUCUAGAGCGAACCCCUCCUGUUUUCUCCUCAAAUCGAUUCUCGCUCCGAUCCUUGCAUGCUCCUUCCUCGUCCGCGUUGGCCGAGCUCGAUCGCGAGGAUGGCGGAGAAUGUCGCGAACCCCGAGCUCCGAGGCGCUUCGGCGGCGGCGGCGGCGGAGGCCGCGGAGAAGCCGGCCAAGGCGCGGUCGCUCUGGCCCUCCAUCCUCCGCUGGAUCCCCACUUCCACCGACCACAUCAUCGCCGCCGAGAAACGCCUCCUCUCCCUCGUCAAGACUCCGUAUGUUCAGGAGAAGGUCAAUAUAGGUUCGGGUCCCCCGGGGUCGAAGGUUAGGUGGUUCCGAUCUUCCAGCGAUGAGCCCAGGUUCAUCAACACGAUUACGUUCGACAGCAAGGACGAUUCUCCUACUCUGGUUAUGGUCCAUGGCUACGGUAACUCGCAGGGCUUCUUCUUCCGCAAUUUCGACGCGCUCGCGAGUCGUUUCCGGGUCAUCGCCAUUGAUCAGCUUGGUUGGGGAGGAUCAAGCAGGCCUGACUUCACUUGCCAAAGUACUGAAGAGACUGAGGCAUGGUUCAUUGACUCCUUUGAGGAAUGGCGGAAAGCCAAAAACAUUAGCAAGUUUAUAUUGCUUGGACAUUCUUUUGGGGGAUAUGUUGCAGCUAAAUAUUCUCUUAAGCAUCCCGAGCAUGUUCAGCACUUGAUAUUAGUGGGACCUGCUGGUUUCUCUUCGGAAACUGAUCCCAAAGCUGAGUGGCUAUUGCAAUUUAGAAAAACAUGGAAAGGAGCUAUCAUGAGCCAUUUAUGGGAGUCUAAUUUUACUCCUCAAAAGCUUGUGAGAGGUCUAGGCCCUUGGGGUCCAGAUCUGGUCCGCAGAUACGCGAGUGCUAGAUUUGGUUCUUAUGCAGAAGGGAGUGUGUUGACGGAAGAUGAAUCCAAAUUACUGACAGACUAUGCAUACCAUACUUUGGCUGCCAAAGCUAGCGGGGAACUUUGCUUGAAGUAUAUAUUCGCCUUUGGUGCAUUUCCUAGGUCUCCUCUUCUUCACAGAGCUUCAGAGUGGAAAGUGCCAACAACGUUCAUAUAUGGUGUUCAAGAUUGGAUGGCCUACCAGGGGGCCCAAGAAGCUCGAAAGCAGAUGGAGGUCCCAUGCGAAAUCAUCAGAGUCCCCCAGGGCGGGCACUAUGUCUUCAUUGAUAACCCUACAGGGUUCCAUUCUGCAGUGUUCCACGCCUGCCGGAGAUUUCUGUCGCAUGACCCAGACAGUGUUUCUUUGCCUGAAGGCUUGACCUCUGCAUAGAGAAGUCACUAGUGUUGUUCAGCAUCUUAGUUCAAGUUGACAUUACAGGUCAACUUGUGAUGUUAUAUUACUUCAUUUCUUAGAUAUAUGUAGUGAGAGGAAGUGUUAAACAUUCUUUUUCGAACAUAAUAUUGAUGAUCCAAAUGUAUGAUUUCCUGCAUGGAAACUGUAUCUGUACAUGACUU